AUGAAAAGUUCUCAAAGAUCAAUGAAAAUGGCCUAUCUUGCCGCAUCCAAACCGGCUCAUUUCCAUCCUAAAUUCACAAAGAUCCGCAACACCCCACAUUCCAUUAAGUUGCUGUCCUUUUUCUGCUCGUCGACUUCUCCGAACCCGGCCAACACAGACCAAGAAAGUCCCAACCCGGAUCAGGAAACACCUCGGUCUUCACCAAGACCCAGUAGGACGGAAUCCUCCGAUGCUGUUUUUGCGACAGAGGCUUCCAGAAGUCCAAGAGGUAAGCAUCGAACGCCAGAAAAGUUGGAGGAUAUAAUCUGUAGAAUGAUGGCUAAUCGUGCUUGGACUACCCGUUUACAGAAUUCAAUUCGUAGAUUAGUCCCUUCUUUUGAUCAUGAAAUUGUUUAUAAUGUGCUUCAUAGUGCCAAAAAUUCUGAACACGCCCUUCAGUUCUUUAGGUGGGUAGAAAGGUCUGGACUUUUCCAGCAUAACAGAGAAACCCAUAUGAAAAUUAUUGAGAUCUUAGGUCGUGCUUCGAAGCUUAAUCAUGCUAGGCUCAUUCUUUUGGAUAUGCCUAAGAAAGGGGUUGAAUGGGAUGAGGACAUGUGGGUUAUGUUAAUUGAUAGUUAUGGUAGUGCAGGCAUUGUUCAGGAAAGUGUGACCUUGUUUCAGAAAAUGGAGGAAUUGGGGGUUAAGAGGACCGUAAAAUCUUAUGAUACUUUGUUCAAGGUUAUAAUGCGAAAAGGGCGGACUGGAAUGGCCAAGAGGUAUUUUAAUAAGAUGGUAAAUGAGGGGAUAGAGCCAACUAGGCAUACCUAUAAUCUUAUGAUUUGGGGGUUCUUUCUUUCGUCAAAAGUAGAGACAGCACUAAGAUUCUUUGAGGAGAUGAAAGCUAGGGAAAUUUCUCCUGACGUCGUUACUUAUAACACCAUGAUCAAUGGUUGUUGCCGUUUUAAAAAUAUGGAGGAGGCUGAGAAGUACUUUAUAGAGCUGAAGGGAAAGAAUAUGGAGCCUACAGUGAUUACUUAUACUACAUUGAUUAAAGGGUAUGUUUCUUCUUUAAAAGUUGAUGAUGCAUUGAGAUUGUUUGAAGAGAUGAAAAACUAUGGGAUUAAGGCAAAUGCCAUUACGUACUCGACAUUGUUGCCUGGGCUGUGUGAAGCAGAAAAGAUGUCUGAAGCUAAGAUUAUACUGAAGGAGAUGGUUGAGAAACAUAUUGCUCCUAAGGAUAACUCAAUUUUCAUCAGAAUGAUGUCUGCACAGUGCAAAGCGGGUGAUCUGGAUGCAGCUUCCGAUGUCCUCAGAGCUAUGAUAAGAUUGAGUAUUCCAACUGAGGCUGGGCACUAUGGUAUUCUGAUUGAGAAUUAUUGCAAAGCUGGUAAUUAUGAGCGAGCAGUUAGUUUGUUGGAUAAGCUUAUUGAGAAGGAAAUCAUCUUGAGACCACAGAGUACUUUGCAGAUGGAGCCAAGUGCAUACAACCUUGUAAUUGAGUAUCUAUGCAAUAAUGGCCAGACAGGAAAAGCGGAAACCUUGUUGCGGCAGUUGAUGAAAAUGGGUGUCCAAGAUGAAUUGGCCUUCAAUAAUCUGAUCCACGGCCAUUCAAAAGAAGGGAAUACUGAGUCAGCUUCUGAACUCUUACAAAUCAUGGGUAGAAGGAAGGUUGCUUCAGAAGAAAGUUCCCACAGAUCACUUAUCGAGUGUUACUUGAGUAAGGGUGAGCCUGCAGAUGCUAAAAUAGCUUUGGAUGGUAUGAUAGAGAAUGGAUAUCUCCCGGAUUCGUCACUGUAUAGAUCAGUGAUGGAGAGCUUGUUUGCAGAUGGAAGGGUUCAGACAGCAAGUAGGGUGAUGAUGACCAUGGUGGAGAAGGGAGUGAAAGAACAUAUGGAUUUGAAUUCUAAAAUCCUGGAAGCAUUGCUUUUGAGAGGUCACGUUGAGGAAGCUCUGGGAAGAAUUGAAUUACUAAUGCAUAGUGGUCUUUCGCCUAAUUUUGAUGAUCUUUUGUCGGUUCUGUGUGAUAAAGGAAAGACAAUUGCUGCUCUGAAGUUAUUAGACUUCGGUUUACAGAGAGAUUGUGACAUUGACUUCACCACCUAUGACAAAGUCUUGGAUGCUCUGUUAGCAGCUGGGAAAACUCUCAAUGCAUAUUCCAUUUUGACUAAAAUAACAGAGAAAGGGGGAGUCACAGAUCGGCGCAGCUAUGAAGACUUAAUCAAGACCCUCAAUGCAGAAGGAAACACUAAGCAAGCAGAUAUACUGUCGAGAAUGAUUAUGGGAAAAGAUGAAGGUAUCCCUAAAAGAAAUAAAGGAAAGAAAUCUGCAACUUUAGCUUAA